CACAACCCCGCGGCCGGGGACGGCGGCGGCGGUGGCUGCGGCGGGGCCAGCAGCGGGAGGCAGCAUGAAGGAGCCUCUCGGGCCUGCUGACUUAAGGAAUGCUGGGGGAAGCUUACUCACAAAAUCCAGCCUAAAAGGAAAGGUGACGGAUCCUGCCCGAGAGAGGUUUCCAAUGGCUGAGCUUUGACAGACACCAAUGCACCAUGUACAGUGUGGAGGAUCUCCUCAUUUCACAUGGAUACAAAUUGUCACGUAAUCCUCCAGCACCCCAUGGGGAUAGAUAUGAUGGAUAUCAGCAGGAUUGUUCAGAGAGUAGAGCUGGUCAUGGAACAUUGAAUGGGUAUGAAGCACACCCUACAGCCUUUGCUUAUAAUAAGAAAUCGCUGGGAAAAGGAUAUUUAAGUGACAAUGAGCACAGUGGAGCAGGAUUGGGGAGCCACAGAGAUCCCCCAAAUUCAUCUGCUUUCCAUCACUCUAAGGAGGGGUUUUAUAACCAGCCACCAUUAGAGUGGUCUUCUCAGCCUAAGCCAGAUCUUGCCUAUUGGAGAAGAAAAGGACAAGACUUCAGUGUGCUGCUGGAUUAUACAGACCGAGGAAACCUGGAAACCCCCAGAAUGGCAGAGCCCCAUGGUAUGAACCGAAAUGUGAGAGAGGGUCAGUUGGAAGUAGGAUCGAGGUUGGAAAACACGAUGAAGAGAGCAGUAUUGGAAGACAGCUGGAAAAUAUCCAGAGAUCCAAAGUGGCAGAAUACAAAUUUUGAAAGCUGGAACCAGCCUAGGAGACUGGGGAGGCAGAUGUCUGAUGGAGAUGGUGAGAAGCUGCUUCAAGAUGUGUACUCAUUUACUAAAGGAGAUAAUACAUUUAAUUCCCAAAACAAGGGGAAGUCCCAGUCAUUGCCUAGAGUUCUUUCCCCCGACAGCCUAAGAUGUGUGGAAAUGCCCAUUCUGAUAAAUGAUUACCAUUUCCCGGGGGAUACUAAAAUGCUAUUUUAUUCUACAAAUAGUACAUCAAACUUGGAAUACUUAAGAAAUCCUGAAAAGGUUGACCCCUAUAUUCCUUUACAAAAGCCCAAGUAUGGGAGACCCCUAAAACCUCCGUCUUAUGAAUUUCACCGACAAACUCGAAGUGGAGUAGAAACCAGCAGGUAUCAGGACAACUACCAGAGAGACUGUGUUUCUUUUCUGCCCCAAACUAAUGAUCCCAGGCAGGACCCCUAUAACCCAGAUCCAAAUUUGGAGCCUCCUAUGUAUGUUCCACCACCAUCUUACAGGUCACCACCGCAGCAGAACACAAAUCCACAUUUCCUAAACGAAGUGCCUCAUUUCCAGUAUGAUGGUCACAUACAGCAGCAGCAGCAGCGGCUGAUGAUGGAGAAGCCCAUUGCUGGGCAUUACUCUUCAUCCAGCUCCUACAGGUCUGGGAAUCAAUAUGGUGCAAGUGGGUGUCCCCCCCAUGGGUUUUCUGGACACCCCCAGCACGUGGAAGCUUGUAACAGCUCAGUUCAGUAUAUUCCCUUCAAUGACCCACGAAUUCGACACAUCAAAAUGACCCAUCAUCAGGACCUCGGCCAGCAAACCAAAUUCCUUGAAACACUAUGUACCACAGGUCCCUCUGAUUUCCAAGGCCCAGCUCGGGUUCAAGCACAAGAUGAUGGUGCCUUUUCGCAUCCCGAAAGUCAAGUCCCCACAACCAAAAGUGAGAAUGAUCCUGCCACGUAUGCACCUAACCUCGGAGGGUGGCUCCCAGCAGCAACCCCCCCAGACAGAGAAAUCUGUGCCUUGCCUGACCAAAGAGACAAUUGUGUUUUAAGCGAACAGCAACCUGAUAAGGGAAGCAGCCGUCAGCAGUGCACUAAAGGGAGGGUUUCUUCCCAAAUCCCACAGUGGGAGAGUACCUGUGAAACCAUAACUAAGCUCAAAACAUUUCAAACUGGGAUUCAGACCAAGAAAAGUUCAAAGAAAAAAGUGAACGAGACUGUAUUUUGCUUGGUUUCUGUCCCAGUUAAAUCAGAGCCACAUCUGCCAGAUACAGAUAGGAAUAACAAUGAUUUAAAACAGAAUGCUGAUAAAAAGAAUGGCAAUGAUAAGAACGGGGUUUUGCAAGAACAAAGUCUCUUAAGCAUGUCUUCCACCGACCUGGAGCUGCAAGCACUUACAGGAAAUAUGGCCAGUAAAACUGAGUUACAAAAACAAGGACCUGGAGGGCCAAAACAGUAUAAACAAACAAAUGACCUCAGAUUCAGUCACCCCAUCAAACACAGGGAGCUCAGAUAUUCUGGCUCUUGGCCAGGUGACCAGUACAGAGACCAGCAAACGCAGACCCCUAUCACUCAAGAAUCCCGAACCUCCCAGUUUCUCCCUGCUAGAAAGAUGGAGAGCCAACACAAUGCACUUCCCCUUCCAAAAGUAUCUGACCCCACUCUGAAAUUAUCAGAACCCUCUGCCUCUGAAACUCUGAAGACAACAGCAUCACCUCCCAGUGACUGGAAGAUGAGACCAAAUACCUGUAAUCUGAAAGGUCAAAUGUACUUCAGUCCAUCUAGCAAUAGUGCUUUCUCGAGGACUGCUUCAUCCACAAUUCCUACAUCAAAAGCAGUCCAAAGCCAGCCUCAUGGGCCCUCUGCAAAUAUAAACGAGAGGGACACUAAGCCAGUAUCCAAAGGUCAAGUGGUGAAGGGUGAGUUAAGUGCCCCAUGCAAUAGUAAGGAGCUCUUUGGUCAGUUUCUCUUAAAACCAGUUAGCCGUCGUCCCUGGGAUGUAAUAAGUCAGUUAGAAAGUUUUAACAAGGAACUUCAAGAACAGGAAGAAAGUAGUAGUAAUAGUAGCAGAAGCAAUAGCAGUAUUGAUGGAGAAGUUGCAGAAAGUGAGCAACAGAUGCAGGAGGAUGUUGGUGCUGAUGCUGACCUAAAGGACUAUAAGCCCGAUGAACCCAGUCAAGAAAUGACAGUUAGACUACAGCCAAGGAUAACAGCACCAGAGAUUCCUGUAUUUAAAUCAGGAAGAGUUAAGAGUGUGGAGCUGAUAUCUGAUUUCAUAUGUGACUACCCCCAAGCACAGAUCCCCUUGCAAAGAAGAGAUAGCAAAGGUGAAUCUGUCAAGCCUUUGGUUGAAAGCAUGAUUCCAGAAACAAGAAAGCAGGAAAUGGAGUAUAGAAUAGACAGAUUGGCUAUCAGCCCAGACCCUGGGAAAAGAAUGACGUCAAGUAAUUUGAUGAAGACAGCUCCAAAUUCCUCAAGCUACCCAACUGACAUAAGAGAGCCCCAAGAAAAUAGGCAAUAUAGCAAUGUAUUAAAUUCUUUACAACCAAGCCAAAUGAUUCAUCCCAGGAGUGAUGGAGUUAAAGAGAGGGAGUCAGAAGGACACAUUUCUUUAGUGAACAAAACCCAGGGUCUGUCUGAACCAGAAGUAAAGUUUGUGGAGCAUGAUAUGGGUCCAGUGCAUAGGGCCAACAAGUUAGAUGGCAUUUUAGAAAAACCAGGUGCAAUAGAAAUCCCUCCUAAUGAACCUCUUCAAACACGGGCUGCACGGAUUCUGGGCAUAGAAGUAGCAGUGGAGUCCCUCAUGCAUGGUAACAAGGACAAGGGGACACACCUUCCUCCUGGUCCUGCUGAAAAUAUUCCCAAGGCUGAUUUUCUAGCAGUAGAAACAUCAUAUAAUUUGGUGCAGCCAAAUCCCGCUGAGUCCACAUCAUCAAAAAGCGCUUUUGAUAGCAGGAGAAAGUGUGGCUGGACCGAAAGCCCUCUCUUUGUAGGGGAGAGAGACACGCAUUUGAAGACACGUGUAAUUCGCCAAGAUUCUGAACUGAACCCAGAUGGAAAUGGUGAUGACACCACUAAUUCUUUGGUCCCUAAACUCGAGCCCAAAUCAUCAUCUAAGCUCCAUGAUCAAAAGGACCUCAGGACAAAUCAGUCCUACAAGUCAACUUUGUUUCAUUAUCUGGAAAGAAACUCUACCGGGAUGGGCUCAGAAAAGAAAUUCAGAAGCACCUCCAAGGUGAUUGAAACCAUCCAAGAAAAAUUAGUCAGCCCCCCAACCAAAACAGCUGUGGAUCGGCUAAUGAGAAUGAAGGAAGUGGAUUCCAUUUCUCGAAUUAGGCGUCUCAGUUCUAAGAGCACGGAUUCUGGGGAGGAGACAGAGGAAGAGAAAAUUCAGAGGAGACUGGAAGGACAGAAAAGGAGCUUUGGUUCUUUGAAUGGCAGUGACCCAGGACACAAAGUGGAGGAUGCUGAUGCUGUGUCGAAGCACAUCAUAUCUCUUGAAGAAAAUGGCCACCAGACAGUACAUAGUGUAAAGAAGAAUGCAGAGCAAGAUUUUUUUUGCCUAGAUACAUACGAUCCUAGCAGAGUUGAAAGAGUCUGAUGUGAACGCCUGUGCAAAUGUCGAACACUCCAGCCCUUUCAUUAAAUAUUCUCCGAUUCGGGGCCGACCGGUCUGCCUGGCCCAGGCAUUUGCUUAGAAAUCGUGACUAGUUUUUGCUGUAUUGAUAAAGCCUUUACCACUGCCGAUAGAAAUUAAUCAUUCUUCUAGAGCUGUUUUGUGGAGAUAAUGAAAAUCUUGCCCUUUGAAGUGACACCUAUUCCUGUCGCCGUUCUAAUUAAGUUGUGCCUACUUUUGUCAAGGUAUUUUCACAUCGAUGGAGGCAGCUAAGAUGUAAAUGGGAUGAAGCGAAGUAGUUCAGCUAGUCCUUCAGGGUCACAGGUUAGACACGGUAAUACUAUGAAAAUGAUCUGGAAAAAGAAUGUGAAUGUGUUAGCUCCCUUUCUGAAUCUCUAAAGUUCAAGCUUUAUGUUUAUAAGAUGGAAUCUUGGAGAUAGACUGUUUCUAAGAGUCCUUCUGCACUUUUGAGUUGUGGGGAAAUGUGGAAUGAACGUAAGCUUAGAAGCUGAUCCUUUUACAAUCAGUUUGGCCACCUACUGUCAAAAAUAAUUUGCUUUAAUUAUAUAAGUAAACGCACCACAUUUAGGUAAUAAAAGCAAUAUCUUAUAAGCUCCUAAGGGAUAGCCAUAAUGGUCCAAGAAUAUUAUUUAUGGAGCAACUAAAGAUUUUGGUCAGUUGCAAACAAAAUACCAUUGUGGGUUUUGCACUCAGUAUUAUCUACUUUUAUUUUCUGUACGGAUGUUUAGAAAUUCUUUUAUAUGAAAAAAAAAAUUGCUGAUUUAAAAUAGCCCAUUUUAACAAAGUAACUAUAUUUCUUUUUAGAGAAAUACUAUUUUUCUAUGAUGUAAACUAUUGUUUGGUGGCAGAUUUUUAAAGAAGUAUUAUAUUUAAAAGAAUCUGUAUCCCUUUGUGUGAAGGGAACCCCAAGGAGGGUUCAGUUGGAUGUUCUAAUGUAUAUGUUAUAUCUCUCUUUCGUAUACAAUGCUGCCACUUGGAUUUUGUUGUGAAAAGAGAUGUCUAUAUAUAUAUAUAAAUAUUAUAGGGUUAAUUAACUCUUUUUAAAAAUGAAUUUUUCACAAAGAUUUUUCUCAAAUAUAGCUGAUGGGGUAUUUUUGAAAGUCAUCCCUUUCAGGGUAGAGCUAAAAAAAAAUCCUCCAAUCCUGGUGCCAGAUUAACUAGAAUGACCAAAAAGUGAUUUCAUAUUGUAUCUGAUUGUACAGCCCCAAAAUACACUUUCUCCAGUCCAUCCAACACUUUUCAAUCCCCUAACCACCACACAUCCAUACGCGCUGCACAUACCCCACACACACACACACACAGAUUUUACCUGGAAUGGUUCUAAAUUUGUCUCUGUAUUAAAAAUAUUGCUUAGAGACAUUAAAUAUGUGGUAUUUCAAAGAGUAUUUUGAGGCUUGUACAUUCUGCUGUGUUUAAUAUUGCAUUAACCUGCACAAAGUUUAUUUAUGAAUUUUUUAUGUGUUUCUGUCCACUCUCUUUGUAAGAUAUUCUAGUUUGCUAACAUUCAUUUGAAGAUUUCUUGCUUCCAUCCCCCUUCUUCCUUGCAGGAGAAUUGUCUCUUACAUUGUCCAUUCUCAAAAAUGUCCUUAUCUAUUUUUAUUCCUCUCAACUUCCUGAAAUGAUCAUUUAUGGGUGGUCUGUAAUUUGGCCCCAAAAACAAUCCUUGUGGUGCUUUAAACAAUCCCUUUUAUAUGUGUACUGUGUGAUUUUUUUUUUACAGCAGAGCUUUAUAUAUUUAGUUUAUUAUAAACAAAAUAAGAUCCAUGUAAAUCAUUCUUCAAAAUCCCCUCAGAUAUACUAAUGAAUGAUCUUGGGCCAUUUUUUAUUAUUCAUUUUAAAUUUUGGCUUUUCUGGCUACAAUUACAUUUUGUAUUACAAGAUAUAGCAUUCAUAUCAGUAGGAACCAGGGCCAGGUUACUGCUUAGAAUAGCCACAGAAUUACUCUUUCUGGGAAAGGCUUUAGUGGGGAAUAGUUCACUCAAACUUUGAUCAUUGGUUAACCACUUAGAUUAGUGUUGGGCCAAUUGGCUUGAAACUGAACCACUUGAAAAGUCUAUUUGGGACUUGGUGUCCUUUACACAUUUAGAAAGUGGGAAGAAUCUUUUUUUUUUUUUUUUCAAAAAAACUAACCUUAUCCCUUGUAAAACUAUCAACUUAUUUCCUAAAUAUAUUCAAAUUAGAAAUAUCCUAGAAAUGAUUGGAAAGAAGAGAAACUGAGCACUCUAGAUUUCUCCUAAUGUCCAUGAGGGGUGGGGAAGAGAGGCAGAGGAAAUGGGAACACAAGAAAAAGUAAGAACGGGAAAUGAAAUUUUUUAUUCCUUUAUGGUAGACAGAUAAUUUAGGAAAUAUAAAAGAUCAUGAUUUUGAGAUUUUCACUAGUCUCAGACAGCUAACAAAUAUAUUACCCCCAAAAUAUGGUUUAUUUGAAGACAACAACAUCAAUAAAUUGUGAACACUUUCUCCCCAUUAAAUGGAGCAUAAUUGAUUAAAUAGCAAUUACCCAAUUUAACUAUAAUGAGCAAUUUUAAUAUUACCUACUUGCCAAAUUAUUUUCUUGGUAAAUAUGGCCAUUGAUAGUCAUAUUUAUCAAAAGUUUGGGGGCUUAAAAGAUUAAAGUUUAGUUAUUAAAGUGAUUAUAAAAGAACCAUAUGUGAAAAAGAAAUAGAUGAUAAUUUAAAAAGGAAAGAAAAUCAAUUUAACUAAUGGCUACUUGGUUCUGAUUUUCCUUGUCUUGUAGCAAACUUUUGAUUGAUUGAAAAUAAUGCAUUUUAACAUUCUUUCCCUGUGUUCUUUGCUAUAUCCACAGCUUGUCCUAGAAAGUACCAACUAUAUGUGUAAAGAUUUCCCUCUGGGAAGCCUGCAGUUCCCAUCACCAUCACCACCACCACCUCUGUUGUAUAUAACUUUUCUGGCCCAGUGGAUUUUUUGAGACUCUUUUCUUUCAGUGUCAUUGGAUUUGUUGGUCAGUUUGAUUUGGGUAGAUGUUAUUAGUGGGAGGUAUACUAUUUCAUUACAGAAUAGGAGGGAAUUCCCACACUGAUCAUCAGAGCCUUAAUAUUUACAUCUAUUUUUUUUCUUGGUGACAGGCCACAUAAAUAUUAUUUAAAAUCACCAUGGUGAAAUAAACUAGUCUAAAUUCAUGGAACACAUUUUGACCUGUGCAAUAGCCUAUCCCAUGAAUUAGGAUUCAUUUUAACAAUACCCAUCCCAAAUUCAAGUGGCUCAUCAAUGAGAUGGCUUGAAGUAACCCUAAUCACUUUUGGAGAGUUAAACAGUGACUUCUUCUGGCAACUGUUCAUCAUGAAAUUUUUACUGCUAGGAUGAUAGCAGCAGACUAGGGAAUGCUAAUGACUGUGAAAAGAAAACCAGGCUUUGAUUCAUAUCAGAACAAAUGACUAGAAGAAACCCAGGCUUAAUGCAGCAACUUUCAAAGAAUAUAUUUGUGAUCAUUGGCCAUCUUUGUUAAAAGUUACUGGGUAAUGCAGAAUUAAGUAUCAAGGUUAACAUCUCUUGGAAAGUGAUAAGUGCCACAAGAUCAUAGUUAUAUAAAUAUUAGACUUUGAGGAAAUAUUUCUGAUGUCCUAAGUUUUUGUAAACAAAAACUUUCAUAUUUGAGGCCAUUAUUCUGCUUAAAACAGUGACUGCCUGAUCCAUCCAUGAAUGGAGGCAGGAUUUAAGAGUAGGGGGUGGGAUGGGGCUAAGCUAUUGCUUGAGUGAGGAAUUUUUGUGUGUCUUUUUUUUCCACUCGAGCUAUAUAUUUUGUGCAUCUGUUUAUGGGAGUAGAAUUGCUACUCUAAACUGGAUUUAGGAAAAACAUUCCAAAUGACCUUUAAGAAUCUGCACAGUGGGAGGUCUUUCCAAAGAGUGGGAUGUUUCCCUCUGGCCAGGACUGAUCAGGCCAAGAAUAGGGAGAUGAUAAAGCAGAAGAAAGAGAGGGAGAGGGAGUAGACAGGCAGAGAGAAAGUGAGAGGGGGGGGAGGGGAGAGAGAGAGAGAGAGAGAGAGAGAGAGAGAGAGAGAGAGAGAGAGAAUGAAUAUGAAUUUAGAUUAUAUCCCUUUUUAGCAAAAGUUCUUUCAGCAUAAUCUGAAGGGUGCUGUAGGUUGGGGACUAACAGUCUUGGGUAGGGGGAAAGAUUGAGAGUUCUCUAUAUUAAUGCUGACUUUGGAGCUCUCCUGAGCUCAGACAAUAUCAUAUAGAAGACCUGGGGCCUUAUUAGGUGGUCCCUGUUAAGAGACCAAUACAGGAACCUGAACUGGAGCCCAUUAGCACAAAAGCCCUGAUUUAGGGUAGGGAGGCCAGGCAGUGUUUUCCAUAAGAUAAUUCUCUUUCCCAUAUGAAAGCCAAGUCCCCUAGAUCUCAGCUGCUGAGUCAAAGAAGUAGCUCAACUUCCUUAUAAUCCCUUUACCCUCCAUCCCACACUAUCAGAGACUUGCUAUUAGCCCUCAGUGUCUUGGAGUGGAAGGGAAGGCAAAGCAGACAUGAACAGCAUAUGGCAGAAAUUAGAAAUAAAAAUGAUAUAUCCUAGCCAUGUGAAAUGGCAGUAACCUUAAGAUUACAAACUAAAUGAGGUCUUCUUUACCUGGGUCAACAGAAAUCCCAACCAUCACACCCAGGCCUGAUGGAGGAAAUAAUCAGAAACAUCCCUGCAGAAAUCUCUGAAAUGUAGCAAAAACAAGCACCCUGGUGAACCAAGACUAGUCUGAGUCUGCCCACAUGUAUCAGUGACAUAACUCCAGAAAACAGUUAAAGGAGCCCCAUGGCAAGCUGCAGCAGCACACAAAUGGCUUGUUGCCAGCUCUGAACCAUGGCUACAGAUCAUCUGGUCCAAGAGAAUGCAUGGUGAGAAGGGGCAGUAAAGGGGACAUUCAGGGCAGGGGAAGAAUCAAGUAAGCAAAUGAAAUAUUUGUAAAAUGUAAUGGGAUGAAUGUCUUCAAAGAGCUUUGUAUUUCUCUGCACAAUGUAAAUACUGUUGCUUUACUAUAUUAUUAUUUAAGGGUAAUUAACCCUGCUACCUAAUGCACAUGUUCCAAAUAAAGAUUUUGCAUGAA